AGACUUUAGAGAAAUCCUUUUUGGUAUAAAGCUUAGCGAUAGGGAGAAAGCUUUGCUUAGAGUAUACCUAGCCAAGGGGCUGCUUCAAGAAAGUAUCUUUAAAGAGUUGGAGACCAGAGGAAUUAGGCGAAUGAAUCUCAAGAUCGUUAUUAAAAUUUUCUUUUUUCAAUACGAAACGGCUUUCAUGACUCUAUCUGGAGAGAAAGAUGUACAAAGGUCGCAGAGUGAGAAAAAAGAUCAGGAAUCACAAGGAGCAUGA